AAUUUCUUUGUUGCCAUAGGACGUACCGAUUAGAUGAAAGUAAGGCAUGAUACGGAUUAGUAAACUAAUUAUUCUUAUACGUUUAGCUGUUUCAAAGUAUGGGUAAGAUACUGUCCGUUAUUCAACGAAAGGUCAAUCGAUUUAAUGUAGAAAACCGAGCUCAUAGAAUUAUAUCAAAAGAUAAACCGACGCCUGCACCAAAACAUCCAUCUGCUAUACAGGAACUUGAAAUUAUAAAAUCAGAUUAUCCUCAUAUUCUGGAAGACCAAUACAGAAAGGAUUUGAAACUGGAUGACAGAUUAAAGCAGGUGUUUGUGCAUUCCUACGAUCCAGUCGCUGUUGAAGAGCCAACAGUCAACCGUUCUCACAGCCUCCCACAAGUUCGUAAACCGCCUGAAGAGACUGAAUUUGGAUACGUAGAGCCAGCGAUGAUUCCUCAGGGCCGAUUUACUCUCAAGCAAGCAGUGAAGUUCAUCGCUGAUCACGAGGCAAAUCCAAACACUUGGACUGCAGCAGCUAUAGCAAAAGAAUACAACAUUAAUCAAGAUAAUCUAGAAAAGAUCCUGUUCUACUACCGGACAUUUCAAGUACAUAUUCCUGAAGAUAUGAGAAAGAAGAUUCCUGAGAAAGUACAUAUUGAGACAAAAGAGGAACAAAAACAAGAAAUGCUUCAAUCAAAAGAAAAGGAAGUGCAGAAUCAAAAACAAAAGUGAAAUUAAUAUGGGAUGAUAGAACCACUAGACACUGUGUAAUUUAUUUUGAUAGCUUACAGCACAAACUAGCAAUUCCUGUUGUUUAAAUUAUCUGGCCACUUGACCAAAUUUGCUUGUGUGCAAUACAGGGAGAUAUUCUUGCAGUAUUGAACACUGUGGGCAGAUUUUGUGUCAAAAUGUAUGUUUACCUUAAUAAUUAGAACAUUCUUUGAUUUGUUGCCAGGUAUAUGUAUGCAAGAAAUAUUUCCCAUGUGGUAAAAUUCAAAAUGUGACAUAAUUACCUGCUUGCAUUACAUUUAAAAGCAAAGUGUGAUUUUAUUCUUGGUUUUAAAUCUAGUACAGAUUCUUGUUAAAAAACAUACUAAGAAGUGCUGUUCCAAUAAACUCCCAUAGACUUAACUUACUUACCCAUUGCAAUAAAACAUCUGUAUUUAAGUUUGUUAAAA